AUGGCGGCGUCUGUGUGCGCGCAGAAGAGCAAUCGCUUCGUCGGUGGACAAUUUGUAAGCUUGGGUGAUCGCGAGGUGAUUAACACGAUGCGGGAGCGCAAUGUCACGGAGCGCCCCAUCACGCGAGAGCAGUUCGAGCAGCUCACGCGGAAGUUCCGCGCCAGCAUGUCGCGCCUGAAGCAGAAGAACAAGAAGCUGGACGCGGUGUUCCUCAUUGACUCCAGCUCGAGCGUGGGUCGGCGCAAUUUCAUGAGUGAAGUGAAGUUCGUGAAGAAACUGCUCAGUGAUUUUCCCGUCAGCAUCAACUACACGCGAGUGGCUGUGGUCCAGUUCAGCUCGCACGGACGAAUUCACCGACACAUUGACCAGAUUUCCAUACCCAAGCGAGGCAAUGACAAGUGCAUGCUGAUCAAUCACGAGAUCCUCAGACUGAGAUUUAUCGGCGGCGGAACUUUCACCUAUGGCGCCCUAAGGGAGGCACGGGAUAUCCUGUCCAAGGCGCGCAAACACAGCCAGAGAGUGAUCUUCCUCAUCACGGACGGUUUCUCGAACGGGAAAGACCCAAUCCCGUUGGCUAACCGACUGAAGAGGGACAAUGUGACGAUCUUCAGUGUUGGGAUCGCAAAUGGGAAUGUCGAGGAGCUGAACAAGAUUUCUACUGAACCAGCUGAAGAUCACACUUUUCUCCUCAACAAUUUCACGCAAUUUGAGAGCUUGGCGAGGAAAGCUCUGCAUGUUGACUUUCGUAUGGGUCAACAAAUCCCCACAAAUUCAACCUUCUGCGGAAAACUAUGUGAUCGGUCUGAAAACGGAACGUGCUGCGAUGAGAAUGCUGUUUGCUCUUGCGGAAUAGGAUCCGGGCACUAUUCUUGCCUGUGCAAGCCAGGAUACUUCGGAUCAGGUCUGAAGAACAACUGCCAUGCUUGCUCAAAUUCCACCUAUUGGCACACGUGGAAUUUCUGCAAACCCUGUCCCGACAUCAACCACAUCACAAUGGGAGCUGCGAUAGGAAUCGAAGGAUGUGUUUGCAAAGAUGGCUUUCUGCCCGUCGAAGGAAAUCGUUGUGAAGUCAUAACGUGUCCGAAACUCACUCCUCCCAAGAAUGGUUACUUCGUGAAGCAUCCUCAGGGAUGUGGGAAUGUUCUGAAUGCUGCUUGUGGCGCUCGAUGCAAGUCAGGAUAUCAGUUAGUUGGCAGCAGCAUAAGAUUGUGUCAGCAGAACGGAACUUGGUCAGGAAGUGAGCCUGAGUGUGUCUUAAAAGCCUGCCCUGCCCUUCAAGUACCUUACUACGGACAGGCUGUGUGCAAGAACAGCGAUCUAAAUCUGAUUGCAGACUACACUCCCAGAAACACAACCUUCAUGGAGUAUUACAUGGAAGAUGAGCAUCGCAUCACUGAACCAAUGCCAAUUGAUACAAACUGUAUAUUCAAGUGCGGUCCUGGAUAUUAUCUGGUAGGUUCUUCUUCACGCAAUUGCUUGCCCCUAUCGAAGUGGGAUGGUCUCCAAACCACCUGCCGACAGAUAUUCUGUUCAAAACUACCCAAGAUAACUUUUGGCUCUUACGAUCCAACCGAUUGCGAUGAGAACAAGUCAACUCAUGGAACAAAUUGCACCAUCAUUUGUGACGAGGGAUUCGAUAUCAAAGGACCAGUUCAGAAGACAUGCACGGGAAAACGCAAUGGAUUCUGGACGCACAAGAGCAAACAUCCCAAGUGCGUCGAUGUGACACCGCCAAAGCUUACAUGUCCGGAAAACAUGACACUGAGUAUUGAAAGCACGGAAAGCUAUGCAAUAGUGACGAGUGUUCCCAAACCCAGUGUUUCAGAUAAUUCAGGGAUGAAUGUAACUUUCUGGACGAAGCCAGUUCUCGAAGCUAAUGUGACACAAUUGACUUUAGGAAGUCACAUUUUCUCAUAUAUCGCAACAGAUUCGUUCAGAAACAGAGCUAUUUGUAAUUUUACCAUAACUGUUGAGGAUAGAACGCCUCCCGUUCUGGACAAUUGCUUUGAUCCACCAGAGUUCUAUGUGAGAACGUUCGGUCCGAAGAAAAUGAUGGUUGAGUGGGAAGAUCCCAUCAUCUAUGACAAUUCUAAUACGAACUUAAAUAUAAGCCAAUCACUGGAGCCAGGUUAUCUUAAACCGGGAAGAUAUGAAGUAAAAUACACAGCAACUGAUUCAUUUAACAACUCUGCUUCCUGCACCAUGAAUAUAACCGUCAAGGAGUUGCAGUGUGAGAAGCCUGCUUUUCCAGAAAAUGGAAAAAUGAUUUGUGCCUCAAAUGACACACAAAUGUGGUGCCAUGUCAUCUGCAAUUCGGGAUUUGCCGCCUAUGAUGCUUAUGAUGAAAGUCACAUGGAAAAUCUGACCCUAUUCUGCGAUCACGAUCAUCCUCGAUGGAAAUACGAUCCCAUGAUUGACUGCACGAAAAUUGAUUUGCCCGAAUCCGUAGAUGAAGUGCUGACAAUCUCUCUCGACUCAGACAUGGACUUCUGCGAGUCUGAGCACAAGGAUGAUUUCUACAGGGAGAUGAGAGAGUACGCCCACCAGGAGUUUUGCGGCAAUCAAACUAAUUGCGAAGUCAUCACUGACCUUCCUCUCUGCACCACCGAUGAAGUGCCGUCGGAUCCCAAUCUCGACAAGAACGUGUACCACAUCAUGAAGAAGCGGGAGUUGGGAAAUGGUGCACGCAAGAACCGCCGAAGACACAGAAUGCACUUGAGAGUGAGUGUCGUUAAUCAGGCGCGACGAGGUGGGCAGAACAAGGAUUCUCACUCCAGGAAAUUAAAGACUGGCGCUGAAUUCUUCAGCAAGAGCAUCCAGGGAAAAUACACGGAUGUGAAAUUAAAUGUGGGUGAAUUGUCGAUGAAUGAAAUUUACAAGUGCCCCAACGGGAGUGUCUUGAAGAAGCAAUUUUGCGUGCAAUGUCCGAGAGGAACUUAUCACAACAAAACCGGAAAUUCAUGUCAAGUGUGUCCUAAAGGAGCCUAUUCUGAUGCUCCCGGUCGACAGGAGUGCCAAAUCUGUCCUCUGCAUCACUCAACGCGACGCGAAAACAACAAAUCCGACAAGAGUUGCCUCCAACAGUGUCCUCCAGGCACAAUGGCUCGACUAAAGGUACCCAAGAGAGUGGGAGUCGCCCAUGCACUUCAGAAAACCUUCAUGCCGUACUGCAAGAAAUGUCUGCCAGGCGAGUAUCAAGCUCUGUACGACCAAAUCCGCUGCGAACCAUGUCCUGAUGGAUUCAUUUCCCCACGCGGCGCCAAAUCCUUCACCGACUGCUCACCGAGAAGAUUAUUCCCCUGCCAACUGCCAGAUCCUGUGUGUGGCCAGAACGGGGCUUGCAUACCAGACGCUAAGAAUCCCUACUUGUACAGUUGCAUUUGCAAUAUUGGCUUCCAAGGAUCUCACUGUGAACAGCACGUUGAUCUUUGUCUCUCAUCGCCAUGUCUCAAUGGUGGAAUUUGCCAUCACGUCAGCACAACCGAGAUUGGUUGUCAGUGUCCGGAAGCAUUCACAGGACUUUUCUGUGAAGAAAUUGUCACACCUUGCUUGAACAUCUCCUGCCAGAACGGAGGAGUUUGCUUUGAGAUAGGCGAUAAGGGCACUUGUGAAUGCCCUGAAGGAUUCUCUGGGGAUUUGUGUGAAAUUGAAGUCAAUCACUGCGCUGACAAUCCCUGUGAAGCUGGAGAGUGCCAAAGUAUCCCUGAUGUUGGGUAUCAGUGCACUUGUCCGCCGGGAAUCAUUGGCAGACGUUGUCAUUUGAGACCUUGUGACUAUUUUCCCUGCAACUCUCAUCAGAUCUGUAUCGAUUUACCUGAAGUUCCCACAACUAAACUCAGCUUCUUGUGUCGAUGUCCAGUGGGAUUGAAAGGAAUAAACUGCACUGAAGUAGACAAUCCAUGUGAUAAGGAUGCGUGCAAAAACAACGGUAUGUGCUUCCCGAAAGCCCUGCGAAAUGGUCUCAACGAUGAAAGAAAUGAGAGCCUUUUCGAGGAGUUCACUUGCCAAUGUCCUCCGUACUUUUACGGGGAUUUGUGUCAAGCUCUCGUCACGCCGGACUACGUCUUGCAAUUCUCCAAGCCGCACACAACGAAUUAUGCCAUGCUUCCUGGUCCCAGUCGGGAUUUGGAGCAAUUCACUCUCUGCACAUGGAUCAAGAGUGAGGAUGACCACAACUACGGUACAAUCAUCUCCUAUGCAACAGCAGGACAGGACAAUAUGCUAACGCUGACGGACUACAACGGCUUAGCGCUCUACGUGAACGGAAGCUUCAGUGUGUCCGAUAUUGUGGUGAAUGAUGGACACUGGCACUUCAUCUGUGCCACGUGGAUGAGCAAGGAAGGCUCCUAUCAAAUGUACUCAGACGGGAUUCUUCAACAUUCUGGCUACAACUUGAGUUCCAGCAAUGCCGUUGAGAAUGGCGGAGUUCUAGUUUUGGGACAAGAGCAGGACACCAUUGGAUCUGGGUUUAGUGACUCCGAAACCUUCAUCGGGGAAAUCGCUUAUCUCGAUAUGUGGGAUCGCGUGUUGGGGAUUCAAGAGGUGCAAGAGUUCUACUCAUCCUGUCAUCCCUAUCACGGAAAUCUCUAUUCCUGGAGUGACUUCAAGACACACCUCAAGGGUGAUGUCACUGUCCAAGAGUCUCCGUUCUGUAAGCCCUGCCCAAAGAACUUAAACCUGAUUAAUGGAAUUGUCAAUUACUUUGCAAAUAGAGCCAUUUACACCUGUAAUGAAGGAUUCACACUGGAAGGUCUCCCGAUCAGGAAUUGUCUGCGAACGGCUGAGUGGCAGCAACCAGAACCGCUUUGCAAAAUUUUGGAUUGCGGUCCAUUAGAAAGCAUCGCUAAUGGUCACGUGUCGCUAGCAAGAACCACAUUCGGAGCUAAUGCAACUUACGUCUGCAGCAGAAGUUAUGAAUUGCAGAACGGAACACAAAGUCGGUUUUGUGAGAGCACGGGAAAAUGGUCAGGAACUCCUCCGCAGUGCAUUGAGCGGAAGGCAUGUCCUGCGGUGGAGCCGCCAAACUGGGGGCGAGCUGUGUACUCAACCCUGGCGCGGGAUAAACACCCUCCAGGGACGUUUAUUGAGUUCGAGUGCGCCAACGAGACGGUCCUCCAGGGACAGAGUCUGAUUGUGUGUGAAGAAAGUGGUCAGUGGGACUUUGAGGUGCCCCAGUGUGUCCCUCGGGUGGAGUCAUUUGAGAUGGAAAUCGUCACGAGGCGCACCGAGGACGAGGAAGACGCUCUGCCACUGCUCAGCAGGGAGGACUUCUGGGGUGUGCUGCGAACCUUCCUCUACCAGGGAUGCGCAAAUCAGCAGGAGACUAAUCAACUGUGCAAAUUGCACCAGGGCGUGGUGCUGAGUGAUCUCGGGGAGAUGCAUUUGGAGCAGUCGCAGGGCGAUGAGUUGCGUCUCUUUGGGGCCAUUGAGGCCAUUCUGGCGGAGAAUGAGCGACAAGACCUCACAAUUGGUAAUUUGAUGGAAAAUAUAUUCAAACACGGAAGCAUUUCCCGUGAUGAAGAGGAUCUCUUCAGGAUGCAGCUCUGCUUCUUCAUGGAUUUAGUCAUUUGGAAUACACAGUACUAUUUCGGAAAUGACACACCAUCCAUACAUGACGAGUCGCUGGAUGUUAGUGAGAAACUUCCACUAGCGCUGGUGCAGCUCUUGGAGCCCAUAUACGAAAAUUACAGGAAAAGCAUUCUCGAGACGACCGAGAGCAGGACAAACACCACAUCCUGCCCAGAGCAAUUUCUCCCCCAGAUCGAACACUCAAGAAUUGUGGGCAUUCACAGCUCGAGUGGCGAGAGUGUGAGUAAUUUAUUUAACUUUGCCACUGGCACGAGAAUCGCUUUCGAAUGCGAGAAUGGCUUUCAUAUGAGUGGCGAGUUCGUGGCAGAGUGCAGAGCUGAUGGGAAAUGGGCAACAAAGGAGGGUGUGUGUUUGAGGAAAUGUGAAAUUCCAUCAAUACCGGCCAAUAUGAAUCUCGAGAAUUCCACCCAGCAUAUCUUCAUUGUCGGCCAGAGGGUGAAGCUCAAUUGUCUGGGACGCAGGGCGACUGGUGACCCAUUCAUUGAGUGUUUAUCCACAGGAAUGUGGAGCAAUGUUCAACUCCAGUGUGCUUUAGAUGGAAAUUAAAACAUCAAUAAUAGGGUCGUUAGGUGGCCCCUGGCCGAUUGUCACGUUGGCCAGCAAUUUAUAGCGGAGAUUUACUACCAUUCUGCUUAUGCCUGCUGUGCAGCAAAGCCAGAGGAAUUACCAUGAAUUUGCAAGGAUAACUUAUAUGUUAAUAUUAUGUAGAACUGUAUUCAAUUAUCGGAUAAAUUAACGAAAUAAACAAUGUGCAAACAUUUGUUGU